CAGGGGGCGUCAUGUGACCGCCACCGCGCCGGGAAAGGGGGGAAGAUGGCGGCUUAGAGCGGAGUGGCCGCGGCUCCGGUGUUUGCCAAUGGACAAGAGCAAGAAGGCGUUUAACGUGACGGCGGCCUCGUUGGUUGACCUGAAGGCCGAACUCUACCGGAAACAGGAGGCGUUCAAGCGGGAAAAGCUCCUGAAGGCGGCGGCGGCGCCGUUGACGGCCAAGUCAGCGAACCGGAAACCGAAUAUCUGGGUCAAAGCAAACGCAGGUGUUGAUGCACGAGCUGAGAAGGAUGUGGAAGAAAAAGCAGAGGAGCAGCAAACGCUGGACAAAUCAAAGCAGAAGCUGGAGGAAAAAGCAAAACUGUACGAGCAGAUGACAAAGGGAAAUUUUCCAGACGAAGAAACAGAAAGUAUGUACUUGGUUGAUUUCACACAAAAGAUCUUUGACAAGCAGAAAGAGUUGCGGGCCGUAAGUGAGAGGAAGGCAGCAGAGAACAAGAAAGAUGAGGACACGACAACGCCUGAAUCUGAAAUUCCACCCCCGCAGAAUCCUGACGAGGAAUGGGUCGAUUAUGUGGAUUCUUUAGGUCGAUCCAGACGGUGUAUGAAGAAGGACAUGACGGCGCUGCUCGCUAUGGACAUAGAGCUGAAGGGCUCAAGACACAAGACUGAAGAAAAGACCUUGUUAUCAAAGGAUAUGAGAAGAGAGCUUCAGCGGGAAGAGUGGGAGAAGGAGGAGGAGGAAGCGUUGAGUAGACCAGUUGGGCCGUUGCAUUAUGAGGAUAUUCGGGAACAAGAGGCUCGAGAGAUGGGUGUCGGUUACUAUGCCUUCGCUCGUGAAGAAAGCGUCAGAAAGAAACAGAUUGAAACACUGGAUAUGCUGAGAGAGCAGACGAUGGAUCAGAGGAGCAAGCGAGAGAAGUUGAAGGAGAAACGAAAAGCCGUGUUAGACGCGAGACUGGCAAAGAUUCGUCAGAGAAAGAUGAAGAAACUGAAGGGAGAUGGAAUUGAAGAAGAUUCCGAGCUGCCGGCAGAGAACAAUGAAGGUGACGAGGCAGAGCUGGUGGGACAAACGCCAGCGGCUUUGGAACCAACCGUAUCUCAGGCAGAAACCCCUGCCACGAGGAAUAAGGUGGAUGUGGUAAUAGAAGAACGGAAGGACUCGAAUUUUGGUCUGAUGCACGUUCGGGAAUGGGACAGAGAGAAAGUUGCGGAGUUGUACGGACGUUGGCCUGGGCAGCAUGCAGAUCCUCGAGAGGAGAGGCCGUCCGAGUUUGCGCCCCCUUCGGAUUAUCACAGCGACUCCAAAAAACCAACGGGCCGAGGCUGGACAAGGAGCCAAUUCACACAAUCUACCCGGAUGAGUGGGCCCCGCUGGAAACAGGACCAGCCAUCACACCAAACAUCAGAAACAACACCACAAGACAACUCUGAACGGGGUUCGAGAACACAGAGCAGAACCCUGGAAGAUAUUCUGUCUUUCUACAAACAUUCAACCUGAUCGGGAUUGCACCGCAGUAGGAAUCUUGCUUUGUUGCAGGUUCAAUCUAUACUCCCAAUUUGUUAACCCAUCAGUUAAUUUAUAGUAAUUAAAAAACAUGCUGCAGAUA